AUGGGCUGCGCAGAUAGCAGAGAAAAAACAUCCUCGCCAGAAGAAGAAAGAAUUAUUGCAGUUGCAGAGGAUAGGCUUGGGUUUAAAUUUUUAAAUGCCCAAUGAAUUGAUAGGACGAUCCACCGAUAUUCUAUAUCUAAUAAGCUUUCUGAAGCCCAGUUUUCUGCUGCUUUUAAUGAAUUAAGCAUUGAUUUGGCGAAUUUUGAAGAAGAUAUGACCCCGUUUAAAAAGUUUUAUAGUGGAUUCUUAAAUGAUGACAGCUUAACUUAUUCUGCACAACAGCUCAGCUCGCUUGGGAUUUUGCUUGGAAAAGGCAGCGCUAAAGAUAAAGCUUCCCUUUUAUUUCAAAAUUAUGACGUUGAUUUGUCGAAGUCUAUUGAUUAUGAUGAAUUUGUAAUCAUGCUGAAUGAGCUCAUAGAAAUCGGCUUAACAAGGAUCCCGAAACUGGCUUGGGAGCUAGCUGCAGAAGACGAGAAAUUUUUGUUAGGAAAAUACAUGAGGAGGCUUGAAAUCGCUAAACCCAUUGUGAAGAAGUUUUACGUGGUCAUGAUUCACCGAGACAAAGAAGCCGAGCUCUCAUAUGACGAUUUCGUUAACAUGUUUUCAAAAGAGGAGCUAAAAAUGAUGGUAAAUGCUAAAACGUUAAGACAGAUAGCGAUUCAUCAUUAUAAUACAGUAAUUGCCCCUGCGAAUCUAGUGAAAUGUUAUGUAUUAGCAGAGAUGAAGGAGUCGAAAACUCUUCUUGACUCUACUAAAGGGGUAGAAGAAUUAUAA